CGACAGCUAGAAGCGUUGGAAACAUCAUUCGAGGAAGAUGCGGAGGGACGUCAAAUGUGCUACUCGGGUCAAGGGAAAACAGCUGUUUGGAAAAUCUUAAUCAUACAGUUACACAUCCCUACGACUACUCAGAGGAUCGAGGACCAACGAGAAACGAUCUGUACCUCUGACGACUUUGGUCCUGAUUCUAGGCUCUGACGGGGUACUGUCGCGGGCAGGCUCUUUGAGGGCCGACAAAAUGUAUGCCAUUUAUUUCGAUCUAUCGAGACCAGCAUCAUCGGCAGCUGGUCGCGCCGUUGUCGCGAAUCUAUCAGUAUUCCCACCGCUAAUGAUUUGGAGGCCAAUGGAGUUCGCGACUUCUUUUCGGGACACAUGCUGGCCUUCCGUCUUUUUAUUAACGUCAUUCGCGAAAGACACGGAGCCGCAAUCUCCUAUGUCAUUGGUGAAAUCUUGGCUUAUAUCAAUUAUCAUGUGCAAGGUCACAAGUAUGGCUAGCUUCGAGCCCGAAAU